GAGAGUAUAUGAGGAAAUAGACUAUAAAUACAUAUUGCAAAAUUGAAUCUACUUCUUUUACUACAAUCUAAAUAAUUUUUAAGUAACACCGAUAUAAUUUAUUAGCAAUUACAUAGUGGUGUUCAACACCGGUGCUCACUGUUCAACUAAAGGAGAAAGCCCAAAAACUGCGUUCAAAAUAGGAGCAUGAAGUGACCUAAUUUAUUUUCAAAUAAAAUCUUGACUAUGGGUGGUAAUACAAAGGAACACAGCUAUUUUUAUAGUCCUUUAGUUGCAGAAUAAGAAUCUGCUUUCAGUUUUUUUGUAAGUUAAACCUUCACCAAAUAAAAAAAUAAAAUAAAAAAUUGACCUAGUUCCCGAAAGUCGGUGUUCAGUUAUAAGAAUCUACCAUAUGUCUGUCACUACAUUGUGAAUGAUUGUGUCAUUGACUCUGAUCGAGUCAAAAAUUAGAUUUGCAAUGACAAGGUUUGCUAAGCGUGGCUUUGAAAAUCGAAAGUUGAAUGAAUCUACACCAUGGUCAGAAAUGAGACAAACAUUAAAUGGCUCAUCAAAUUUUAAGACUCAGAGACGAGAGGAUAGAAGAUUAAAAAGACAAGCUGAACGAGUGGCAGCCAGGGUCUGUUAUAAUUGUCGAGAAUAUGGACAUCAAAUGUCUAAUUGUCCACUUUUAUCAGAGACUAAUCAGCAAGGUUCAUGCUUCAAAUGUGGUUCAACUGAGCACAAAUCAUCUACUUGUACAGCUAAAAUACCAAAAGGCUCAUAUCCUUUUGCUCAGUGUUUUAUCUGUGGGGAAAAAGGUCACAUAUCAAAACAGUGUCCAGACAAUCCAAGAGGCCUUUAUCCCAAAGGUGGCUGCUGUAAACAGUGUGGCUCAGUUGAACAUUUAAAAAGAGAUUGUCCUGAAUUUUUAUUAAAGAAAGGUAACACAGAGAUAACAGUUGACACUAUAGAAAUGGGAGAAAGUGCUGACGCUCAACCCUUGGCAUCCUCCACUAAACCUGCCAGUGAUAUCAAGAAGAAAACUACAAAUAUUGUCAAGUUCUAGAUAGUGCUUUCAAAUUAUUAAAAUAGUUAAUUAUA